ACAUCACAUUAUUGGAGCUAACAACAAAAAGACAGCUUGACAUCUGAUACUCUUUUUAAUUCUCCGUCCAACUUUCUUUACGGUCCCAGUCGAGCUUCACGGUUUCUCUCCACAGUCAAGACACAAUGCGCUUCUCUACGUCCGCCGCCAUCCUGGCAUUGCCUCUUCUGGCUGCCGCCGAAAGUCCCCUCGACCAGUACAAGGCCAAGUUCCAGAACUUCCUCGGAAGCUUCGCUGGCACUACCGGUGGUGCUGCCGUUCCCGAGGCGGCUGAGGUUCCUCAGCAGAAGCCCGUUGUCUCCAACACCGAGUCUGCCACCAGCAGCCCGGUAGAACCCAAGCAUAUUGAGCGCCUCACGCUCGCGAACUGGAAGGACACGUUGUAUGCUCCCGUCCAGCCCGAUGCCACUACCCCCGAGGAGUGGUGGGUGCUGGUUACUGGUGGUAACAAGACGUGCUUUGGCCGCUGCGGACCCGUCGAGGAGGCCUUCGGCGAGACGGUGGAGAAGUUCUCGACUAUCCCCAACUCUCCCCAUGUAGCCAUCCUCGAUUGUGAAGAGGAGCCUGUCCUUUGCAAUGUCUGGUCCGCUGGUGCUUCGUCCCUCUGGGUCUUCGAGAUGCUCCCCCCGCCCGCCGCCGUCGACAUCUACUGGAAGCGCCUGAACUUCACCACCAUCACCGCGGCCGAUCUGCUCGAGACAUUCGAUAAGGAAAGGACGGAGGGCAAGGAGGCCGCCGGCAUGGAACUCAUCGAAGGUGCGCUCCACCCCUUCGAUGGUACCCUUGCCCAGUAUAACCUGGCGGUCCCCAUUGCCUACGCCCUCCACUACUUGAGCAUCAUCCCCUCGUGGGCCAUGAUGCUCUUUGUUUCCUUCUUCAGCAGGACGAUAAUGAACCGCAACAUGGGUGGCGCGCAGAACCGCCCUGCCAACCCUGCUCGUGGUGCUGCUCCUGGUGAUGGCCGUUCUUAAGUAGACCUCGCCACUAAAGUGCUACGCGUUUUAGCUCUCGUUAUAGCAUUUGGUACAAUUUGUCUAGUCUCAACCGUCAUGACGAUUUGCUUGAAUUUGAUUUUGAACAUGUUGACUGGAAUUUUUUGGGAGGAGCAAUUGGCGUGAAUGACUCGAAGGAGGGUGACGAACUGCAGGAUCGGUUCCAAAAGGGUCUAUCCUUGGCGUCUGCUUGGUCAAAGACUCGUUACUGGGCGUAUGAAUCGGUGGUAGUGUCAGCAGCGGCUUGUUGAUUCUCUACUGCUGCUGUUGUUGUCCAGCAUCGCGGGGUAAGGUGGGUAGGAAGAGCGAGUUAUUGUUCGCGGGGGUCGCUAGAGGACCGAGCUUGACAGGUGAAGGGCUAUCGGCUUGCUGAGUGU